CCACACGUGCGCUCCAUCGCUGGAAGACCUAAACCUCCAGCAACCCACACCACGGUGACUGUUUGACUUCUGUAGUCGCUGCGUAGCGCAGUUCGCCAACUGAAUCCCGUGUUGUCUUUCGAAUACGUGUUCUGAGAACAUGAAGAACCAAGUUGUGGCCAUCUUCGCGAUCGUCUGCUUCACCACCGCCACGGUGAACGCUAAUGCUGAAGUGGAAGCCGUCAUUGACCAAUUGAAGACCUUGGUGAGAGAUUACGUGCCCGACAAGGCCAAGGCACAGGAGUACCUGACUAAGAUAGACAACGCUCACGAGUGCCUCUCCAUCGCCAAGGACAUGAACCCGGAAAUAAUAAAACAGCUUGCUCAGGGAGUCAUUCCGACAGUGAUGGAGUGCGGUCGCAAAUUCAUUGACAUGAAGGACCCCCAAGAAAGGGCGACUUCGAUCAAGGGCUGCUUGGUAGAAAAGGCGAACAACUUCAAGUGCAUGUUGUUCCUUCGAGGCGAUUAG